GUUUCAAGCAUUAUCGUGUGUGUCAAAUGCGUCAGUUUAUUGUAGGCUAUUUCGAAGAUAACUGGGCUGAUAUUGUCAAUAGACGUUCACUUUCGUUUUCGGCCUUGCGUCAUAAGUAACUAUUCGAAACUGCAUUUAUAUUUGUUUGUAGGCGUGUUUUCUUUUAUGCCCUCUAUAAAUACAGUUUCAUUUAAGAUUCAUUUUCGGUUCCUGCUUUGUUGAUAAUGAUGAUGAUUAGUCUUUCUGUAUGCCAUAUGGUUGGUUGCGGUCAUAUAAACCCUUCAUUGAGUCGGAAACAUCGGCAGGUGCCUCUCCUUCAAGUGUUAGAAUCUGUAUGGACUAGUUUAAGAAUAAUACACAACAAUGAUUUCAUGGGGAGAGGAUAGUCGUAAUGGCUUUGGUUUAGUGAAGCCGAAUGGUUUAGAUACGACCAAAACGGAUAUUAGUUGCGUUAAUUUGAUACACCUUAAAUCUAAAAUUCAGGGUCUGUCCGCAGGUAACAGUGUGGUCGCGUUUAUCAGAAAUAAUGGGAGACUAGUGUCUGUCGCACGGAUUCAAGAGGACCUAGAUGGGAGAAGAUUCACAGGGAAACUGAAGAGUGUGACAUGUAAGGAGAGGAUUCGGGCUCUGAGUUGUGGAGAUUCUCAUGCUGUUUUACUGUCUGAAGAGGGUCGGGUUCUCUGCUUGGACAAAGCCAACAUUCUCAGCCCAUUGGGUAACCUAUGUAACCGACAGGUAACUCAGGUUGCAUGUGGAGACCAGCAUUCAAUUUUACUAACUCAGGAUGGUCAGGUUUUCACAUGGGGUCAGAACACCAGCGGUCAGCUGGGUUUGGGGUGGAGCGAGCCACGCGACAUGUCCAUGUCCCCCAAGCCCCUGAAGUCUCUAUCAGGGAUCCCCCUGGUUCAGAUCACUGCAGGGGGAGACCACAGCUUCGCUCUGUCCCUUUCUGGAGCUGUGUUCGGCUGGGGCAAGAACACCGCCGGGCAACUGGGACUAGGGGACACAACAAACAGAUGUGCCCCAGCUCCUGUUGAUUGCCUGAAUCUGAAGAAGACUGUUUUGAUUUCAUGUGGAGGAGAACAUACUGCCGUUCUGACAAAGGGAGGUGUGGUGUUCACAUUUGGUUCAGGCCGCUAUGGACAGCUUGGACACAACUCUCUCCGAGAUGAACUACGACCUCGAGUGGUGGGGCAACUUUGUGGAUUAAAGGUGACCCAGAUAGCCUGUGGAAGACACCAUACAUUAGCAUUUGUGGGGCCCUCCAAUAAGAUCUACUCAUUUGGGCACGGAGAGCAAGGGCAGCUGGGAAAUGGAGUAAAGAUUGAUCAGUCUGUGCCCCUUCCAGUACAACUGCCAGACCAGAUUGAUGACCAGAAAAUUGAACACAUUUUUGCUGGAGGAAACCAUUCCUUUGCGUUGUGCUCUCUUGGUCAGGAGUCUGAAGAAAAGUCUAACAAUCUCAGGUCAAGUGUGGGCAAAGUGACACAACAAGCUAUAGAUGAAGAAAUCAUUGACAAAUGGAUCUCGGAAUGUGAUUCAAAGUCUUGGAAAAAAGGACAGAAGGAAAUCACAAAAAUGUUUUCUUCUGCAUCGUGUUUAAAUGGGAGCUUUCUUGAUAAAAGUUGUGACAAACAUUACCAAACCUCACCAAAACAGUCUGGCCUGGAUUAUUCACUCGUCCAAGGCGCAUUCCGGAAGCUGGCGAAAAGGGCAAAGUUUGUUGAAGCUGUUGUUCAGCACACACUACUUCCCUCCCUGUAUGAGGAGCCCAUUGGAGUGGAGGGCUUGAGGGUCUACCUGGUUCUCCCUGAGCUCCUGAGGGUCAUUCACAAACAGCACAGAAGGACAGAUCUCACCGAAGCCGUUGCUGCUGCUAUCCUCAGACUGCACCCUGAAAAGCUGCAGGUCCUCGGUGACUGCUGGUCCUCAUUGAAGCCGUCUGUCAUGACCAAGCACAUUGGGGUGUGGAAGAAAGCCCUGUCGGGGAUUCUGAGGAGUGAACAUAUUCUACACACUCGUGAUACUGGGAUCAAGCACCUGCUCCAGGUCCUCGGCCAUCUCCACAGAGCAAACCAGAAAUCUGUAGAGACCCAGACUGUUCCAGACAGUACCUUUUGUAUGGAGGAGGUUCACUUCAAUCCCAAAUUUCUAGAGGAGGAUGUAAAGCUUUGGCGUUUAUGGUCAAAGCAGGAUGUGGAUCAGACACCUGCCAUCUUUUGUCGUUACCCAUUCUUGAUGAAUCUGCAGAGCAAGAUAAACGUUUUUAACAUCAACGCCGCACUCACAAAGAAUCUCCCUAACAAUCGCCAAAGGACUGGCAUGUGGCGUUUUGACAUGUUCCUCGUGGCGGAGCCUGCUCCGGUCUUUGAGCUGAGACUGAAUAGAGCAUCACUCAUAGAAGACACUUUCCAUCAACUGAGUGUAGCAUAUCACAGUACCUUCAAGAGGUCCCUUGUGGUGUAUUUCGACGAGGAUGCGAAGCUGACAAAUGUCUACAAAAGGGACUUCUUCCUCCAUUUGUUUGAUAAGCUGUUGGUACCCGAGUCUGGGAUGUUCAUGUACAACGACACCAAUACGCUGGCCUGGUUCCCUGCAAUGCCUAGAGUGGAGGAGAAGCGUUAUUUCCUGUUUGGGGUUCUGUGUGGGAUGGCCCUGUACAACAACAACAUGGUGCACCUCCCCUUCCCCAUGGCCUUCUUCAAGAAGCUGGUGAACAUCAAUCCCUCUUUAGAGGACCUGAGAGAGUUUAGCCCCAUUGAAGCAGGGAGUUUGCAGUACAUCUUGGAUUACCCUGAUGAUGAUGUUGAAAACAUGGACAUGACUUUCUCAGUGAUGUGGGGUGAUGUAGCGGUGGAACUUGAUCCCAAAGAAACUGGAAAACUCGUCACAAGUGCCAACAAGAAGGAGUUUGUUGACACCUAUGUGAACUACAUCUUCAACCAGUCAGUAGAGGUGGUGUUUGAAGAGUUCAGGAAAGGCUUCUUCAAGGUGUGUGACAAGGACGUGGUGGAGUUCUUCCAGCCAGAGGAACUGAGGGGAGUGAUGGUGGGGCAGGAGAAUUUCGACUGGGAAACACUGAAACAGAACACUGUGUAUGAAGGAGAGUACCAUGCUGGGCAUCCCAACAUCGUCACAUUCUGGGAGGUGUUUGAGGAACUGACAGAGGAUCAAAAGAAAGCGUUCCUGUUGUUCCUGACUGGCUGUGAUCGUGUGCCCAUCCUGGGUAUGAACCAGAUCAGGAUGAGGGUCCAAACCCUUCUCAACUCCUCCCAACAGCAUUUCCCAGAGGCGCUGACCUGUCACUCUCUGUUGCAGCUGCCCAUCUACUCCUCCAAAGAGACACUACAGAGCAGGCUUAUAGAAGCUGUUGGCCACAACAGAGGCUUCUGGAAUGAAUAAUGGUUGUUUUGUGUUGCUGCUGUGUAUAGUCCUCUCCCGUGUUCAUCUUUUCAUUGUUCCAUAGUUGGGUUUAAGAUUUGGACUGUUUUAAUGUAGGGUUGUAUUUCAAAUCCUAAUUUGAGAUCUGUGCGGUACUAUGACAUUAUCAUAUUGCAUUCACCAAAUUUUAUUAAAACAUUUAUUAAUCAAAAAGUACA